GUCAUAUUAUAACAUCAGAGACAUUUCCAAGAAAUAUUCCUCUUCAGCCUGCAGUUUCAGGCUCCGAUGUUCUCCUACUUCUCAGUUCUCAGUUUCUCACCGCAUGCUCUUCUUCCAAUCUCCACAUUUCCAGGCGAAUGAUACGCUAGACGUCCGACGACCAAAUUGAAGUGUGCACGCAACAAUAUAUCAUAUACUUGUUUGCACUCUGCACGUCAAAAAGUUCAAAUCCCUCACCCGUCACUCCUAAAUCCCCAUCUAUGACGAUCCCUCCGAAGGACGCCGUCACGGACAGCCCCCGCGACGACGACGCCGGGGCCGCUUUUGUCCUUCAGUCUAAAGGUCAGUGGUGGCAUGCGGGGUUCCAUUUGACGACGGCGAUCGUCGGACCCACCAUACUGACGUUGCCUUACGCCUUCAGAGGAUUAGGAUGGGGACUGGGGUUCUUCUGCUUGACGGCGAUGGGCGUCGUCACCUUCUACUCCUACUUCCUCAUGUCCAAAGUGCUUGAUCACUGCGAGAAAUCCGGCCGCCGCCACAUACGUUUCCGGGAGCUCGCGGCAGACGUCUUGGGGUCUGGAUGGAUGUUCUAUUUUGUAAUAUUCAUUCAAACGGCAAUCAACACCGGGGUUGGUGUGGGCGCAAUUUUGCUGUCGGGCCAAUGCCUUGAGAUUGUGUAUUCCAACCUUUCGCCACAUGGGUCCCUCAAAUUGUACCAUUUUAUAGCAAUGGUGACAGUGGUAAUGAUAGUUCUCUCUCAGCUCCCAACCUUCCAUUCUCUACGACACAUCAACAUGGGUUCUCUUCUUCUCAGCCUAGGCUAUAGUUUCCUAGUGGUCGGGGCUUGCAUUCACGCAGGUUUAUCAGCAAAAGGCCAUUCAGCGGACUAUUCCCUAGAACCCAGAAAGUCUGCACGGGUUUUUAGUGCCUUCACUUCCAUCUCCAUAAUUGCAUCCAUAUUUGGGAAUGGAAUUCUGCCCGAGAUACAAGCAACUCUAGCACCACCUGCAACUGGAAAGAUGGUCAGAGGGCUUUUCAUGUGUUAUAGUGUGAUUUGCGUGACUUUCUACUCUGUUGCAGUGUCUGGAUAUUGGGUGUUUGGAAACAAGUCCAGUUCAAACAUUCUUAAGAGUCUAUUGCCAGAUGAGGGACCCUCUUUGGCUCCAACUUGGGUACUUGGCCUUGCUGUCAUCUUCGUUCUUCUUCAACUCUUCGCGAUUGGUCUGGUUUAUUCUCAAGUGGCAUAUGAGAUAAUGGAGAAGAAAUCAGCUGAUGUGAAGCAGGGGAUGUUUUCCAAGAGAAAUCUCAUCCCUCGCUUAAUUCUUCGCACAAUUUACAUGAUACUAUGCGGGUUUGUGGCAGCCAUGCUCCCAUUUUUUGGGGACAUCAAUGGUGUGGUUGGUGCUCUUGGUUUCAUCCCUCUGGAUUUUGUUCUUCCUAUGCUUCUGUACAACAUGACGCACAAGCCUCCCAAGUCAUCCUUCACCUAUUGGAUCAACAUGUCAAUCAUUAUCGUCUUCACCGGUGCAGGAAUUAUGGGCGCAUUCUCUUCCAUAAGGAAACUGGUUCUUGACGCCAACCAGUUUAAGCUCUUUAGUAGUGAUGUUGUUGAUUAAACAAAUGUGCACAUAAAUCAUGUAUACUACAGCGACUGCACAAAUUUGCUGGACUUCUUUGGCUUGCCUCAGUACAUAUGGCUCUUUCUAAGUUGUGAAACAGAAGACAGAGCUAAAAAGAUAAAGCACUGUCCUCAGCGUUGGUCUUGCACUGUUUGCUAGGCUCGGCACUCAGCAAAGGGAGCCUGCAAUUUGUGUUCCAAGUAUUACUGCCGUCAAUGUGACCAGAAAGUUUUUAAUGAAUGAAGUCAAUUUAUAAUUUUGUAAUUAAAUUCAAAAGAAGUAUAUCACUCGCUGUGGUUAUUUUUAACUG